CAGAGGCUCUAAGAAGUGAGCGCAGACACUUCACAAUGGCCAACUUGAAUCUUUGCACCUCACUGCUGCUCUUGUGCCUGGCUAGGAGCAGCCUGCAGGGAGGAGUGAAACCACAAGGAAAUGGCCGGGGCGGUCUUUACCUCCCAUCCCUGAUAAGAGGUGCAGGGGGAGUCCAGCCAGGAACUGGACUGGGACCAGCAGGAGCCAAGGCCGGGAAAUAUCCUGCUUAUGGGGCCCAAAGACUGCCAAACGGACUCCGUUACGGCAUCCCAGCUGGAUAUGGAGCAGCAGGAUUAGGCGCUUACCCACAGGCUGGGAAACAGAAGCCAGGUUACAGGGGUGUUGGUUAUCCCCGUGCUGGCCUCCCCUUGGGAGGCCUUGGAGCAAGAGGGAAGCCUUCCAAAUCAGGUUAUGGAGCAGGGCCCAGUGCCGCUGGCUACCAAGCCAUAGGAGCACAGCAAGGUGAGGUAGAAGGAGGUGGCGCCGGGGGCUACCCAAGCAACGGACUCCAGAAUGGAUACAGCAACGGCUAUGGAGCUGGAGGCAAUGGAUUUCCUGGGACUGGCCCUUUCCCAGGCGGAUAUGGUAACGGUGCGCAGUCUCCCUAUGGCAGUCAAUUAGGAGGACCCUCUGGUGACCCUGCUGCUGCCAAAUACGGAGGGGCAGGGCAGCUCCCAUACAGUGGUCAACCUCAGCAACCAGAGGCUGCUGGCCUGGGAGGUAAUUAUGGUGCUGGAAGAUAUGGCAAUGGAAACGGGCUCGGGUAUAUGAAUGGUGGAGACCCCCAAGCUAACGGACUGGGGGCAGCAGGUGCAUAUGGUCCCCUUGCAGCAGGACAAGCACCAGGAGGGUACGGCAGUCCACUAGGUCCUGGGCAAGCACUGGGAGGAUACGGAGGGAAAGAAUCAAAGUAUGGCAUGAAUGGAUUCCUGGGAAAUGGAUACAGAGUUCGCUGCCCUUCUGGAAAAUGCUGAGGUACAACGUAGCUCUGUGGAUUCCCCACAACAGGAUUUCAGCAUCCCGGGAACCUUUGGUGCUAAGUCUUGAUGACCAACAACGACGAAGUCUUGUUCUAAUAUAAAGUUUCAUGUCUUUCUUUUUUCUACUGUUUUUAUUUUAUUAUUAGAAACGUUUCAUUUUAAAAGGAGAAGAAAACGUUGCAUGUUAGCUUUUAAAAGCCUUGAUCAGCACAUUCUCCAAGGACUGCUACCAUGCCAGUUAUCAAUGCUAUAGAGCUGUGUCCUACAAAUUCCACUUUAUAGUCUAUAUCUGGAGGCCCAGUGUCUUUUCAAUUAAAAAAAAAAUCC